UAUAGUGGAAGGUUGGGGUCACUGGUCGGCUGUGAGGCCACAUCCAGCAUGACGCGGCGCACGACAUUGCUCACUUUUCACAAGCACCAACAACAACAAAUACCACAGUUGGACACCAAAAAGAUGAUUAGAAGCUCUGCUUUCGACAGUUACAGCCCCGAGCACGUUUCUCCGCAAACGUACACAUGCAUCUUAUCUGCCCCCAUGCUUCCAAAUCCUGGCACUGCCAUCAUCCUGCAUGCAACGUUGCCCAGUGCUCACCCCAAACCAGUGGCUUCCAGGCUGUCCCUUUUUGAAGAUAUGAUCUUGCUGCUGACUUUUUGUUUAGAAUUAUGCUUAAAAUCUUUAAAGUCUUGAAUUCAUAAUGUCGUCAAUUCCAUUCACAAAGGUCAUAUCAUGGGACGAGUACAUGCAGCAUCGCCCGCCCUACCCAGAUUCCAUGUGGAAGCUGUGGUUUGACUACCACAAAGGCCCUCUGGAAACAGUCCAUGAUGUCGGCGCCGGGGGCGGCGUGGCGUCUCACGACAUUGCGAGAAGAACAGAUGUGAAGCGGAUCUACGUCUCGGACCCAGGCAAGGAACAUCUUGCCUUUGCCGAGGAAAUGCUCCGUGCCCACCACGACACGGUCGACUUUAUAUUCAGGAAUACCAUUGCCGAACAGACGCUGCUUGAUGAUAGUUCCGUGGAUCUAGUGUGCUGCUGCGAGGCUCUGCAUUGGGUCGACGUGUCCAAGGGCAUGCCUGUCAUGGCCAAGAGUCUCCGUGCGGGUGGCACAUUUGCAGCCGUCUACUAUCUGCCAUUUCCGCAGAUAAGAAACAGCGCGAAAGCGCAGGCGGCGCAGACGAAGCUCCUGGACGACUUUGGCAAGAACACACCCGACUCGGCGGUGCAGCAUCCCGCCUGGAGGCGUGGCUUCUCACAGAGCAACGUCGGACUGGACUUUGUGCCCUUUGACGAGGAAACGUGGCAAGACUUGCGGAGGAUUGAGAUCAAUAUCAGCAACGAGGGCUGGCCAUCUUCUUCCUUAAUUGCGGGGCGCUUUGGACGGGUACACGACUAUGCCGAGGGCUUUGCGAAGGAGAGGUGGGAGGAUGACGAGUGGAAGAAGACAAUGUCGGCGGAAGAGCUCAGACAGCUUCUCAAGAAGUUUCUCGGUGCGCCUGAUAUUCUGUGGGAAUCCGAAGAAUGGAAGACUGUCCUGCAGGGGGCUGAGGAGGUUGACGAUAGGCUUGAGGUUGCUUUCCAGGCUGCGAUAGUACUGGCCAGGAAGAAGUAGGCACACGAAAGAGAGAAAUGGACGGGGCAAAACUUGA